AUGGAACAAGGCAAGAUUGUACCCGAUCCUCCCAAAUAUGACCGAAGGUAUGUCUUGAAAGCUAGCAGAGCCAAAGAACUUAAUACAACUCUUUUGCUCGCUGCCCCAUCUGAUGACACCCGGCUGAUAUAUAUUGGCAGUCGACCACUUCCGACCGUCGAGCUUGUAUACCAGAAUCAGCUACCAAACUGCCCUGGAAAAUCUAGCGUCGGUCUCUUGGUUACCUACCCUCCCCGCGGCUCUACACCUCCUCACCGCCAUGGAGGAGCUUCUGUAUGUGCAUUCGUCGUCGAGGGCACGGUACUCACCAAGAUGAACGACGGGCCGACUCGUAUGGUUGAGCAGGGUGGAAGCUGGUUUGAGGCCCCAGGUUGCCACCACAAGGUCAGCGAAAACGACAGUGCCACGGAAUUCGCCAAGCUGCUAGCGACGAUGAUUGUGGAUACAGAUGUUGUGGAGAAGGGUGGAGUCGCCGCCUUAGUGGUUUACGACGACGAAUAUAAAGACGUUGGGCUCAAAGCGUAA